AGAAAAGAAAAACCGAAAACCAUGGCUAGUUCAAUGUUAGGUCCGCCGCCCACUGCUCGCGACUUCUGUAGAGUAACGCCGAUGGCUACACACUGCUUGUUCUUCCCGAGCCCUAACUUUCGCAGGCGCAGCAUCACUCACCGUUCCACAUUUUCCUCACACUCCAUCUUCUUUGGCGCUUCACUUAAAGUCCAUACCAAUAGAAACCAGCUGGGUCGGUUCUCUCGCAGCCCCACUCCCAUUUAUUGUUCUUCUCAAGAGUUUGAUGUUGUGAUUGUCGGCGCUGGCAUCAUUGGUUUGACCAUUGCUCGUCAGUUCUUGACCUCUUCCGACCUGUCCGUAGCCAUCGUUGACAAAGCUCUCCCUUGUUCUGGUGCCACUGGCGCAGGGCAGGGAUAUCUUUGGAUGGCACACAAAACUCCUGGGAGUGAUAUAUGGGAUCUAACUUGGAGAAGCCAUCAAUUGUGGAAGAUGCUGGCAGAAAGCCUAAAAGAGCAAGGCCUGAAUCCUACGGUGGAGCUGGGUUGGAAAAAAACAGGAAGCCUUUUAGUUGGUAGAACAAAGGCUCAGUUAGACAUGCUGAAGGGGAGAGUGAAACAGCUUAAUGAAGCUGGGUUGAAAGCAGAGUACUUGUGUAAUAGUGAUUUGUCCGAGCAGGAACCUGAUCUCUUUGUGGACAAAGACAGUGCUGGUGCAUUUCUACCAGAUGACUGCCAAUUGGAUGCUUAUCUUACAGUUUCAUAUAUUGAAAAGGUUAACAGGAGUUUUGCAUCAAAAGGAAGAUAUGCAGAAUUUUAUAAUCAGCCAGUAAAAUGUUUCAUCAGGUCAAAUAGUAAUGGAGAGGUUAAAGCUAUUGAAACUUUGAGUCAUACAUUACACAGUAAGAAGGGAAUUAUUGUUGCAGCUGGUUGUUGGACCGGUUGUUUGAUGCAGGAUUCGUUUAGAAAUUGGGGAAUGGAAUUAGACGUUCCUGUAAGGCCCAGAAAGGGUCACCUACUUGUGCUUCAGAACUUUGAUUACCUUCAAUUGAAUCAUGGGUUGAUGGAGGCAGGUUAUGUUGAUCAUCCAACACUUUCUGAUAUAGAAUCCUCUGAAGAUGGACGAUCUUUAUCUGUUUCAAUGACGGCAACCAUGGAUGCAGCAGGAAAUCUUCUCAUUGGGAGUAGCCGUGAAUUUGUUGGUUUCAGCACAGAAUUGGAUGAAUCUGUUGUCAGAUAUAUAUGGAAGCGGGUUGCAGAAUUCUUUCCCAAAUUGGAAUUGCUUUCCCUUUCUAAUCUAAGUGCAAAUAGAAAAGUCAGAAUAGGAUUACGACCCUACAUGCCUGAUGGGAAGCCAAUGAUUGGGCCUGUGCCUGGCCUCUCAAAUGUUUACCUUAGAAUAUAUUUCACUUUCAUCAAAAUAUUUGACUUGCAUAACAUUUACACUGCAGUGCCUGAUGGGAAGCCAAUGAUUGGGCCUGUGCCUGGCCUCUCAAAUGUUUACCUUGCCGCAGGGCACGAAGGGGGAGGGCUUUCGAUGGCUCUUGGGACUGCUGAAAUGGUUGCUGAUACGGUGUUGGGCCAUCCAACAAAAGUUGAUUGUGCACCUUUUGCUGUGCAUCGAGUACUUGAUUAAAAUUAUUAGUUACUGUGGUCUAGGAUGUGUAGCAGUUUAGGCAUAAAUGUUGCUUUCUAACAUGCAAUUUCAAUAACCCAAAGUUAUCUAAUAAUGUUACUUCAUUUUUAUUAUAUUAUCCUUUUUUAUGCAUUUUUAUGUUUAUAUAAAUUUGUAAAAUAAAUAAAAUUAUAAAAAUAUGAGUGAUAUUAAUAUACCCUUUUAUAU